AUGUACUUUCCUCCAAAUAAGUAUGGGAAAGUAAUAAAGAUUUCAUCAAAGUGGUACAUCGCCGAUACGAUAGAACUUCUAACGGAGAAAUUGAAUGAGACAGAGAUGGAGUGGUUCUACAAGCACCCACAGUUCAAACAUAUAUUUCAUUUGAAAAACCCAAAACACAAGUGGACGGGAACCUUGAUGCUCGCUUUUCAUACAGCUAAAACAAAGAAGCGUAAGGAUGGCUUCAUCGAGAAGCAUUUUGAAUCAGGGAAGAAGAUUAAAUACGAGGCAGUGGAGAAAAAUCUGAAGGCAAUGAAAGGGCCUUGCUCUGGGGGUCGUAUGAAGAUGGUCGUCCGGUAUUUCUUAUGCAGUAUCAUCCUAGGACCCAAAAAGACUGGAAAAGAUGCAUGA